CAUUGACUCAGUUUCCUCCAGAUGAAGCUUAAUCAUUUUAGUCAUCCCCAUCCUUUGGUGCUAGUGGAAGAUCAGGAGAUUGAUUGGAUUAGUAUAGUUUAUCACUGCUCAGCAUGUAAGGAAGUGGUGGAGGGUUCCAGCUACACCUGCUCAGAGUGUGAAUUUUGUCUUCAUAAGUCUUGUGCUGAGCUAUCACGGGAGAUCAAUCAUCCCUUUCACCCGAGCCAUCGCCUCAUUCUAUACGAGCAGUCACAGUAUCCCGGUGGAUUUGUGUGUAAUUCCUGCCGAAAAGUAAAAGGUAAUGAGGAAUUUGUUUAUCAUUGUUCUUCUUGUCAAUUUGAUCUUGAUAUUAGAUGUGCUUUGCUUCCAAAGUUGAUUACGGGAGAUUUUCCAAAGCUGAAACAUUUUAGCCAUGAAGAUUCACUCUUCUUCCUUCAAAACCACUACAUUGAACCCCAAGAUCAAUCUUGCUCUGCAUGUGAAGAGCCCAUAUCGGGUCCUGUUUAUUGUUGUUUUGAUUGUUUGUUUUUCCUUCAUCAGAAAUGCUUUGAGCUACCCCUUGAGAUCAAACACCCUAGUCACCGCAAACACUCUCUUGCUCUUCUACCCAAACCUCCAAAUCAUCCAGAGAAAUGUUCUUGCCAUUUAUGCACCAAAGCUUACAACGGAUUCAUUUAUUAUUGUUCUCUUUGUGAGUUUGGCAUUAUGAUUAAGUAUACUUUCCCUGAUAAAGUGAUCAAAAGUUUGAAUCAUGAGCAUCCAUUUGUCCUUGUAUCAAAACCAUUCUCUUUCAUUUGUAAUGCUUGUGGUAUUGAUGGAGAGUACUGCUUUCCUUAUGUAUGCACUGAAUGUGACAUUGCUGUUCAUAAGGAUUGCAUUUCACUCCCACAGAAGAUCAAGACAACAAGGCAUAAGCAUCCAAUUUCCCAUACUUAUUUCCUUGCAAACUAUGAGGGAGGAAACAAUGUGUGUGGAAUUUGUUGGGAUGAAAUUAAUCUGGAGUAUGGGAGUUACCACUGUCUACAAUGUGAUUACUUAGUUCAUGUGAAUUGUGCAACGGAAAAAUAUUACUUUGAGGUGCAACAUGAAAGUAAGAAGUCCAAUGAAGCCUUGAAAAUGCCAUCGGAUGAGUGGGCUUCUAUGACUGGUGAUUUAGAGGAGAGGAGUAGUGGAGAUCAGGAUGUAAUUGCCACUGAGAUUAUGCACUUUAGUCAUCAGCACAACUUAAUACUUAGUGAUGAGAUUAAGGAUAUAUGUUGUGAUGGUUGCAUACAACCUAUCUCAUCAACAAAAUUUUACUAUUGUACUGAAUGUGAUUACUCCCUCCACAAGCGCUGUGUUGAUUUAGCCAGAAAGACAAGACAAUGGAGUUUGAAAACCACCCUAACUCUCCAUUAUAAUCACUUUUUUGUCUGUAAUUGGUGUGGCUUUUUCAGCAGUGGGUUUGGCUACCAGCCAAAAUAUAGUUUAAGCAUGAUGUGCAUCAGAUGCUUUGAAGUUCCUGAAAACUUUACUGAUCGAGGACAUAAGCACCCUCUUUUCUUUCACCGCAAGUAUAAAGGGAAAUGCAGUGGCUGUGGAACCAGAAAUGGUCGUUUUAGAUGCAAGUAUGGUGACUUUGCCUUGUGUCGUACAUGUAUUGUGUUGCCGCAUACAACCUGGUAUAAGUAUGAUAAACAUCCUCUUGCACUCACUUACCAUGAUGAUCAUGAUGUGGAUCAAUGUUAUUGUGAUAUAUGUGAGGAACCAAGGGACCCAAGUAAGUGGUUUUAUCAUUGUGAAAUUUGCAAGUAUUCGGUACAUCCUUCUUGUGUUCUCGGGAGAUCUUCAUAUGUGAAGCUCGGGCUGACUUCCACAUAUGAUUUUCAUCAACACCCUCUCACCUUUGUGAAGGAAGAGUUUGACGACUUUCCAUGUAAUGACUGUAGCAAGCGUUGUGAAAAUAUGUUCCUCAAAUGUUCAAAAUCAGACUGCAACUAUGCUGUCCAUUGCGAAUGCAGGAACAAGGAAGUGAUGAUCAUUGAAGAGGAUACAAAAUCAGAAUUUAGAGGCUAAUGACUACCACCUUAUCAUUCUGUGCCCAACAUGACAAAGUUAGUUUGUAUCUACAAGAUUUAUGUCUAAUUAAAAAGGGACCAUCUAGGCAUCUACACUAAAUCUAAAAAUUUAAGAGAAAUUACAUGCCAAUAAGUAGAGAAUGUGUCAUAAGAUAUGUGAUCUCACAAUAGGCUUCAUGCCAUGAUCAUGUGCAAGUGUGCAUUGAUCAUAUGGGCUUCCUCAACAUCUCCCUUUUGUCAGUUGUGGUUAUUCUAGAACGUUUUGCUUUCUUCCCAUUUUUAUAAUUUAACAACAUGAAAAUUCAUGAAUAAGGCCGAAUAUCAGAUGAGCCAUACCCCUCUAGAACAGAGGUGAGUUGGGGAUUGAGUGAGUUCCCCUGUUUUGUAUAGAUUCUGAAAAAUACAGAUCAAGAAAAUGA